GUCUAUAACUGACCAUCUGCUAGGUGCCUAACAAAGUCCAGAUAAAGAAAGAAAGAAAGAAAGGAAGGAAGGAAGGAAAGCAAUAAUACUUAAAGAGAAGGGAGGGAAGGUAAGAGAUCUCUCAAACCCAUUCACUGAAGCUCUAACCUAGAAUCAAAGGAGAAGGCUCGCUUGAUUUGACAAUUAGGAUCUAAUUCACCGUGGAAGUUUGAAGGAUUUCUCGUUUGUUUUAGUUUUACGCCGAGAAAGAUGUCGAGUUUGUCUGAUCAUUCAGAAACUGGAAGCUUUUCCGGUCGGAAGACGGUGAGAUUGUCGGAGAAACCGAACUUUUCGCAGACUUGUAGUCUGUUGAGCCAGUAUUUGAAGGAGAGAGGUACUUUUGGAGAUCUGAUGAACAUGGGAGUCACUUGCAAUCUGGAAGGCAAAGGGAAACCUGAAACAUGCCCUCAAACAGUGACGACGAUGAAUUUAUUACCGAACCUGGAGAUAUCUUCGGAAGCUUCUGAGGCAAAUAUGACAGCGAAUCGGAACGUACAGUCCAUGGAUCUCUUUCCCCAACAUGCUGGUUUUGGGUACCAACCCUCCUCCAUUCCUGCCGAAGACGGCCUGAGCAAUCUACUGGUGAAAACUGAAAACAAGUCGGCUUCGUCAUCCCAGAUGACUAUCUUCUACGCUGGGAAAGUGCUCGUCUUCGACGAUUUCCCAGCUGAGAAGGCGAGGGAACUAAUGCUUUUGGCGAGCAAUGGAAGCUCCCAGAAACUCAGCAACGCCCUUGCAUCCACUUCCGGCAACGACCAACUCAACCAAACCACUUUUUCUAGUUCCACUUCCAAUUUGGUUCCUACCUCCGGAACAACCCAGGAGCGCAAUCAGCUUCCCCCUCGACCCAUUGCUUCAGAUCUGCCAAUUGCAAGGAAAGCUUCCCUCCACCGAUUCUUGGAGAAGAGAAAAGACAGGAUUAGUGCGAAAGCACCAUAUCCUCCUGUAAACAACUUGGCUGAAACAACUUCUUCAAAGCAGGCUGAAGGCAAGACAUGGCUCGGAUUGGCAUCCGAUGCUGCAACUUCAAAGCAAUUAGAGUUCCAAUUAUUAUAGUUAAUUAAAGCUAUUUUAUGAUUAGCAUCAGCUUAAUCAGCUUAGCUAGCUUCACUUGGCUCUUUCUAUUCUCGGCCGUUUGGGCGUGCCUUUGAUCUUAUACUUGUAACUGUUGGUAGCCAUUCAAGAAAGAAGAAAUUUUUUUUCUUCUUUUUCCUUAAUUUCUUAAAUUCUUGUAACUAUUUAUUUAGGAACAAUGAUAUUAAACAAAUAUUUAUUAUUUUCAA